UGGUGUUCUUUUCUCGUUCCAGGCUUUUCAUUUGUACCAUCCCCUCCCCUCCCCACCCCAUCCAUUAAUAUUAUUCUUUUGAAGAUUCUUCGUUGUCAAGCCGCCAAAGUGGAGAGUGCGAUUGCAGAAGGGGGUGCUUCUCGUUUCAGUGCUUCUUCGGGCGGAGGAGGAAGUAGGGGUGCACCUCAGCACUAUCCCAAGACUGCUGGCAACAGCGAGUUCCUGGGGAAAACCCCAGGGCAAAACGCUCAGAAAUGGAUUCCUGCACGAAGCACUAGACGAGAUGACAACUCCGCAGCAAACAACUCCGCAAAUGAAAAAGAACGACAUGAUGCAAUCUUCAGGAAAGUAAGAGGCAUACUAAAUAAGCUUACUCCUGAAAAGUUUGACAAGCUAUGCCUUGAGCUCCUCAAUGUGGGUGUAGAGUCUAAACUCAUCCUUAAAGGGGUCAUACUGCUGAUUGUGGACAAAGCCCUAGAAGAGCCAAAGUAUAGCUCACUGUAUGCUCAGCUAUGUCUGCGAUUGGCAGAAGAUGCACCAAACUUUGAUGGCCCAGCAGCAGAGGGUCAACCAGGACAGAAGCAAAGCACAACAUUCAGACGCCUCUUGAUUUCCAAAUUGCAAGAUGAAUUUGGAAACCGAACCAGAAAUGUUGAUGUCUAUGAUAAGCGUGAAAAUCCCCUCCUCCCUGAGGAGGAGGAACAAAGAGCCAUUGCUAAGAUCAAGAUGUUGGGGAACAUCAAAUUCAUUGGAGAACUUGGCAAGCUUGAUCUUAUUCAUGAAUCUAUCCUUCAUAAGUGCAUCAAAACACUUUUGGAAAAGAAGAAGAGAGUCCAACUCAAAGAUAUGGGAGAGGAUUUGGAGUGCCUCUGUCAGAUAAUGAGGACAGUGGGACCUCGAUUAGACCAUGAACGAGCCAAGUCCUUAAUGGAUCAGUACUUUGCCAGAAUGUGUUCCUUAAUGUUAAGUAAGGAAUUGCCAGCAAGGAUUCGUUUCCUACUGCAGGAUACCGUAGAGUUGCGAGAACACCAUUGGGUUCCUCGCAAGGCUUUUCUUGACAAUGGACCAAAGACGAUCAAUCAAAUCCGUCAAGAUGCAGUAAAAGAUCUAGGAGUGUUUAUUCCAGCUCCUAUGGCUCAAGGGAGGAAUGACUUCUUCCUGGAGGGACCGUUCAUGCCGCCAAGGAUGAAAAUGGAUAGGGACCCACUUGGGGGACUUGCUGAUAUGUUUGGACAAAUGCCAGGUAGUGGAAUUGGUACUGGUCCAGGAGUUAUCCAGGAUAGAUUUUCACCCACGAUGGGACGUCAUCGUUCAAAUCAGCUCUUCAAUGGCCAUGGGGGACACAUCAUGCCUCCCACGCAAUCGCAGUUUGGAGAGAUGGGGGGCAAAUUUAUGAAAAGCCAGGGGCUAAGCCAGCUCUACCAUAACCAGAGUCAGGGACUCUUAUCCCAGCUGCAAGGACAGUCGAAGGAUAUGCCACCUCGGUUUUCUAAGAAAGGACAGCUUAAUGCAGAUGAGAUUAGUUUGAGGCCUGCUCAGUCGUUCCUAAUGAAUAAAAAUCAGGUGCCAAAGCUUCAGCCCCAGAUAACUAUGAUUCCUCCCAGUGCACAGCCACCACGCACUCAAACACCACCUCUGGGACAGACACCUCAACUUGGUCUCAAAACUAAUCCACCACUUAUCCAGGAAAAGCCUGCCAAGACUAGCAAAAAGCCACCACCAUCAAAGGAAGAACUACUUAAACUGACGGAAGCUGUUGUGACUGAAUAUCUGAACAGUGGAAAUGCAAACGAAGCUGUCAGUGGUGUAAGAGAAAUGAGAGCCCCAAAACACUUUCUUCCUGAGAUGUUAAGCAAAGUGAUCAUCCUGUCACUAGAUAGAAGUGAUGAAGAUAAAGAAAAAGCAAGCUCUUUGAUCAGUUUACUCAAACAGGAAGGGAUAGCCACAAGUGACAACUUCAUGCAGGCUUUCCUGAACGUAUUGGAGCAGUGCCCCAAACUGGAGGUUGAUAUCCCCUUGGUGAAAUCUUAUUUGGCACAGUUUGCAGCUCGUGCUAUAAUUUCAGAGUUGGUGAGCAUUUCAGAACUAGCUCAACCACUGGAGAGUGGCACCCACUUCCCUCUCUUCUUACUUUGUCUUCAACAAUUAGCUAAAUUACAAGAUCGCGAAUGGUUAACUGAACUUUUUCAACAAAGCAAGGUCAAUAUGCAGAAAAUGCUGCCAGAAAUUGAUCAGAAUAAGGAUCGAAUGUUGGAGAUUUUGGAAGGAAAGGGACUGAGUUUCUUAUUCCCACUCCUUAAAUUGGAGAAGGAACUAUUGAAGCAAAUUAAGCUGGAUCCAUCCCCUCAAACUAUAUAUAAAUGGAUUAAAGAUAACAUCUCUCCCAAACUUCAUGUAGAUAAAGGAUUUGUGAACAUCUUAAUGACCAGCUUCUUACAGUACAUUUCUAAUGAAGUAAGCCCACCUAGCGAUGAAACAGAUUCUUCCUCUGCUCCUUCCAAAGAACAGUUAGAGCAAGAAAAACAACUGCUGCUCUCCUUCAAGCCAGUGAUGCAGAAGUUCCUUCAUGAUCAUGUGGAUCUACAGGUCAGUGCCCUGUAUGCUCUGCAGGUGCACUGUUAUAACAGCAGCUUCCCAAAAGGCAUGUUACUUCGAUUUUUUGUUCAUUUCUAUGACAUGGAAAUUAUUGAGGAGGAAGCUUUCUUGGCUUGGAAGGAAGACAUAACACAAGAGUUUCCAGGAAAAGGCAAGGCUUUGUUCCAGGUAAAUCAGUGGCUAACAUGGCUAGAAACUGCUGAAGAAGAAGAAUCAGAGGAAGAAGCUGACUAAAGAACCAGCCAAAGCCUUAAAUUGUGCAAAACAUACUGUUGCUAUGAUGUAACUGCAUUUGACCUAACCACUGCGAAAAUUCAUUCCGCUGUAACGUUUUUCACAUAUUUAAAGCAGAAGCACGUCAGUAAGGUUUCCUUCUGCAUAAGGUUUUUGUAGUGUGAUGUCUUAAUCAUAGUCUACCAUCAAAUACUUUAGGAGUAUCCUUAAUGUUUAGAUAGAAUAUUAGCAGCAUGCAAUAAUUACAUCCUAAGUUCUCAAGCAGAGGCAGUCUAUUGCAAGGACCUUCUUUGCUGCCAGUUACCAUAGGCUGUUUUAAGUUAGAAAACUGAAUAGCAACACUGAAUACUGUAGAGAUGCACUUUGCUCAGUAAUACUUGAGUUGUUGCAAUAUUUGAUUAUCCAUUUGGUUGUUACAGAAAAAUUCUUAACUGUAAUUGAUGGUUGUUGCCGUAAUAGUAUAUUGCCUGUAUUUCUACCUCUAGUAAUGGGCUUUAUGUGCUAGAUUUUAAUAUCCUUGAGCCUGGGCAAGUGCACAAGUCUUUUUAAAAAGAAACAUGGUUUACUUGCACAAAACUGAUCAGUUUUGAGAGAUCUUUAAUGCCCUUGAAGUGGUUUUUGUGGGUGUGAAACAAAUGGUGAGAAUUUGAAUUGGUCCCUCUUAUUAUAGUAUUGAAAUUAAGUCUACUUAAUUUAUCAAGUCAUGUUCAUGCCCUGAUUUUAUAUACUUGUAUCUAUCAAUAAACAUUGUGAUACUUGA